UGACGUCAUUUCAACAUUACAUGUCACCGAAGAAAGAUAUAUCCCUGAAACAUGGCUGCGUUCUUCAGAUAUUCUUGUUUAUGGAACCACUGUGGUAAGAAUUGUUCAUCUUUGCUUGAUCUUAUAGAUCAUAUUGAGGCUGUUCAUAUUGAGAAAGAUCCACGAAUACUUGAGAAACAAGAAGCCGCUCAACCUGCUGCCGUCCCACUAUCGUAUGUGAACUGCUUUUUCUCUGAAGCUACUAGAUCUGCUCACAGGAAGAUGAAAGAGAUAGGUGCAGACGGUGAUAAUAGCUAUGAUUUUGACUAUACACCUAAGAAAAAGAAAGCCAUAUCAGCUUAUAGUGUAAGCUCAUGUAUGGCAACACCAGAUGCCUCGGAGAACGGCGACGAUGAUGGAAAUACGAGUGAUAAUAGUGAUGAUUCAUGGACAACCUCUGAUGGGCUAACUAGCGAACUCAUUCUAAAUUCAGUCACCAUGGAAGACGGCGAUUCGAAGCGAUAUAUUUGUCCAGUCAAAGGAUGUGGCAAAAAGUACAAGAAUGCAAACGGGAUUAAAUAUCAUGCUAAAAAUGGCCAUUCUAAGGACGGAAAGACGAAGAAACCACAUAAAUGUCAUUGCGGCAAAAGUUAUAAAAAUCAGAGUGGACUGCGACAUCACAUUGCUACACGACAUUCCACAAUACACCCUCAGAACAUCACAGAAGCACAUGGGAAUGGGAUCGAGGUAUAUGUGUAACAAAAUGCGUGAAAUAUCAAAGGGUUUUUUACUGCGGAUUUCUAGCAUUGUGAUGUAUCCCGCCGGUAGCAGCUGGAAAACGUGAUACCUUGUUGAAUUAUUUAAGAUGUACAAGACAGCCAGCUGCAGCCUGUUGUCAUAUCAAUAUAUGAUUGUCUAUAUACCUAUGUAUGUAUAUAUAUAUAUUUGUUUUAUCGCUGGCACUGUGGCACGGAAAUGUUGUAUCUCAUCGUGACUUUCACUUGAUAACAUAGUGCGUCAAUGCUGUUUGAUGGAGCACAAAGGGCACAUGAAAAUGUGUGCUCUUCAGUCUUCACUGUUCGCUGGCGCCGCGAAACCAAUAUCUCAAAUGGCGGGGUUUGGCGGCUUUCUUGUCUACUCGUAUCAUUAGGAAGAGGGAUAUGAGUUUUGUCAAUAGCACAGCAAAUGGCCCCCACUCAAUGCAACCAGAGUGAUGUUACAUGCUUUGACCAUGAAGACAAAAAUUAGGUAUGAAUGACUAUGGUUGAUAUAAACACUUGUACAGUACAUCUUUAAAUGCAUGAAUAUUAUAUGAUAUGAUAUUGGAAUGCCCAUGGGCAUCAAAUUGACAUAUGACCUUGGCACAGUAAGUUAUAAGUUAUAAUACAUUUUGUGCCUUGUCAUUUAGCAACCUUUCAUUGUCAGACAUUGCAUAUUAUUUUACUUCAUCUUGUAUGCAUUGAAUGUGGGGGACUGAUUGUAUCUAACCUAAUGCUUAUAUUGUAACCAUGGUAAAAGCUUUAGUCCUAAUCAUGAUAAAGACCUCCCUCCCUCCCUGCUCAGUGAUUUAUUUAAUUUGGUGCAUUAGGAAUAAGGAAUUGCUACAUAUAGUUUCAGUUUUCCUUGCUUUGUAUAUUCUUGGAGUUUUCAUAUUUCAAGUUUUCAACCAAAGUGCAAAUUUCUGAGCACCAACAUGAUAAUGAGGUCUAUUUGCUAAAAAAAUAGGAGUGAUAUUGAACACCAA